AUGACGCCGCAAAGCUUUCGAGAUUGCGGGCGGCGUCACAUCGCCGCGGCCGUCCAAGGUCGCAGGGCGCGGGAGGCGACACCGGCCGACGGGGGGCCCGAGGCGGACCGCGCUCGGACCGGCCGCCGGUCGCUCGCGGGGCGCACGGCGAGGCCCGGCAGGCAGAAGACGCGCGGGCCCCGCGGCGGUCCCGCACCCGCGCAACUCGUUCCGCUGAGCUCCGAGGAAGGCCGCCCGUCGGCCAUGUCCGGCCACAAACGCAGCUACCGGUGCUUCGGCGCCGUCCCGGCUUCGCGCGAGCACGCCGCCUGCAGCCUCCCCCGCAUUCCGCAACCCGACGCGGCCGAGUCGGCGGAUUGCUACCUGCGCUCCGAGCGGAGACGCGCCCGGGCCCCGGAGGCGCCGCGCCGGCAGGCGUCGCCGCCGCCUCCCCACGACGGCCACCUCCGCCGUCGCCGGCCUCACCGGCGGAGUCGGCGGCCCGGCGGAGCCGACGAGCCCCCGCCUCGCGCCAAGCGGCUGGUCCUGGUCAAGAACAGCGAGCCGUCCCUCAGGAAGACCGUGGUGCUCCACCGCGAGGGCCCGAGGAGCUUCGCGCUGUUCCUGGAGGAGGUCUCGGAGCUCAUGCGGUACCACGUCAGGAGGCUGUACACCCUGGACGGGCACGAGGUGGAAAAUGUUCAAAGCAUCAUCCACUGUCCCAAUGUUCUGGUCUGCGUUGGACGGGAGCCUUCCCAUCCUUCCAUUGUGGAGAGAUUUUGUAAAACUGCCGAAGACAAGCUGCCAAAACUGAGUGCGAAGGCGCGAUCAACCGGCGAUGACGCCAACCAAUCCACGAGGCAUUCGGUGUCUUCUGAUAAGUCACUUCCAGAUGGAACCAAGUCUCUAGAUGACGUUGGGUCUGCUCCGCCCACCGCCGGAGGAACGCCAGAUGACGAUGUCGAGAAACUAGUCCGCGUCAACAAAGACGGCAGCUUGUCCAUGAAGAUGAAAGUGCGCUUUCGUCUAGACAACAAUGAAACCUUACUUUGGUCCACUGAAGUGAGGAAGUCCUCCAUCAGGGCCAGCGAGCAGCCUCAGGGGUUAGGUAGCGACAGAAGCUACUCAGGUUCUGAGAACUUUUCUACCGGCGAGCAAGUGGAGACGUAUGUCACGAGGCGCCACCAGAGGCGUGCAGAGGGCUAUCGCUACCCUCACUGCUACAAUAUCUGGGCGAACGUGGCAAGCGCGCAGGGAGACAGUUGCGGCGUUCAGACGUCGAGCUCGAGUGCGUCCUCGCACACGGUGGUCUCCAGGAAGACCGUAGUUCAAAGAUCGAGCGAGGAAAACGCAGAACAAGUGGCGGAGCAAGAAACGUGUGUUAAGGCCUCGGAAACCGUGGAGUACUGCACCAUCCGUCCUGGGUCUUGCACUUUGGGCAACUAUGAGCAAAAAGAACCUGAAUCUGCUGUUAACGGUGACAAUGCCUCACUGAGUGCAACAAGACCACCCUUGCAGACUAGAACACCUCAGCAUGAAGAGGCCACAGAAAGUGCCGGACCAAGGAAAUCGUCGUCAGCAUCCAGUGACACAAAGCGUUGCAGGAAGAUGAAAAAAUCCAAAAAGUCCUACACAUGUCACUGUGGAAUAUCUAAGGAUGAUACAGAAAUGAACCAAGAGGAGACAGACAAAAUUGAAAGACAGCAGAGUGCCAUGUCGGUAAAAUCAAAUGUCACUCACAAUGCAGAACGUGAAGGGGAAGAGGAGGAAGGAUCCAAAAGUGCCAUGUCAGCUCUUUCAAAUGCCUCACCAAAGUGUGAACCGGAUGUCUUAGUGGGUGACGAAAGGCCACCGAGUCACAUGUCAGUCAGGUCUGAGGUGCAAAGUGAACAGUGUCAAUCAAAAAAGGAAGCUGCUGAAGAAAGACCACAGACAUCCCUGUCGUCUAAAUCCAAAACCUCAGUAUCAUCACAGGGAUCAGCUCAUGUGGGCGAGGAAAAAGGAUUGGAAGAACAUGCCAAAGAAAAAGAUGUAGCAGACCAAAGUGAGAGCAGACGUGGACAGAGAACACAAAGCCAAACAUCGGUGUCGAAAACACCCAAACAAAGUGUGUCUGACCAAUCGGAGGCAGACUCACAAGGUGAAUCCAAGAUGACUGGAGAUGCACAAGAAAGAGCAUCACGUGUCCGGUCCUCCGUAUCAAACGUUACUGGAGGUACUCAAGAAAGAUCCGCAAGUGCCGUGUCUGCACCAUCUCCAAAGUCAAAAACCUCUGAGGUUGAUGACACAGAUGCGAUGUCAGAGAGCAACUCCUAUCAUGUUGAUGGCUGCACAAGGGAUAUACCAGUGGAGAGAGUUUCGAGUAGCAGGUCGCUUGUAUCCACUACAUCAGACGUGAGGUCCAGACAAUCGAAAACCCCAGACAGUGGUGCUGGUGGAGAUACCACAGAGGCAGCUGAAGAUAGACCCCAAAGCGCAGCCCCAUCAGUAAACUUGACACGUUCUUGUCAAUCAAAAUCAUCUGAAGAUGAUGAUGGAGUAGUCGAUGAUGAGUGGAAAAUAGGAGCAGCGAGCAACAUGUCAUGUCAUUUGGAAGGCAAGGAAAACUUCCCAUAUGACGAAAUGGAGGAAACACCCAGUUCUGAUCAAGUCGAGGGAAACCCUGGCAACCGCUGUGAAUCUAAAGCAAGGUCGCAAAGCGGCAUGUCAGGAAAAGCAGUAAAGUCCGAAUCUUCGACAAUUUCUUUCACGUCUAAAGCUUCUGAGCAACAAAAUGGUAGCAUUGAGGAACUAACAGAAGGGGCAGAAAGUGUAGCCUCUGCUAAAUCCAAGGCAUCCAAAAGAUCUGAUAAAGUCGAAGCAACUCAGGAUGAGGUUACUGGAGAAAAAGCAAACCAGAGAUCACCAAGCAUCAUGUCAACUAAAUCAGCUGAGUGGAGCGUUUGUUCAAGGUCAAACGAGGAUGAGAGUGAACUGAGUGUGAAAUCUGAGCGAUCGGCCACAUCGGCCAAAUCAAUGCGGUCCAUAAAAUCUAGUGCAUCCAAACCCGGUGAUGUUCCAGCUGAAUCUAAAAAUCUGUCGACCGAAUCGAACAUUCCCGAGGCUCCUAUGAAUGGCGUUGACACGAACGAGCGAGCGAUGAGCGCCAUGUCGGUCCAAUCCCACAUUUCCACAAGGUCAGGUAAAUCCAAAUGUUCUGCUGAUGCUCCUGCAGAAGACAAGUCUCACUGCUCAGACGACGAAAAAAACGAGCUAACAGAAGAAAGGGCAUCAAGCUGCGCGUCUGCAAAAUCAAUCGAGUCACACGUUUCAGCAGAGAGAUCGCCCAGUGCUUUGUCAGCAACAUCUGCAGAAUCUAGAAAAUCUUCUAAAUCAAACACCUCAGAAAUGAGCGCAGGCAAAAACAUUGCCGAUGAAGAUGUGGGAGAGGAACGUGAUGAGAGAGCACAGAGUGCAACGUCAGCCAAAACUGCAAAGUCAACCCUUUCUCUGAGAUCAACAGCAUCAAAGGGAGCUGCCAACGCACGUGACCGUGAAGAGCGGGCACAUAGCAGCAGGUCAGUCCGAUCACAGAGAUCUGCAAAGUCAAACAUUUCCGCAACAGCUGUGUCCGUGAACGAUGUGGUUUCUGAUCACGGAGCUGAUUCUCCACUGGACGAACAGAGUGAGAGCAUAUCAAUAAGCUCGCUGUCUGUUCAAUCAAGUAAAUCAGAUCGAUCCAGUAGGUCACAACGCACAGCUGAAGUGCGCAGGCCUAAGUCAAAUCCUUCAGACACAUCUGAAGUGUCUGAGGUUGUUCCUGAAGAUGUCUCAAGCAGAACAGGGAGUAAACUGUCUGCCAAAUCUGAUAAAUCCAGCCAAUCCAAAGUCUCGACUGAAGAAAACGGCUCUUGUCACGAUCCCGUGGAAAGAGCUUCAAGCAACUUGUCGAUCAGGUCAGGUAAAUUUGCAAGUGUAUCUGUGGCAUCGAGAGACGGUUCUGAGUUUAUGAGUGAACACAGCAUAGAAAUUGCCGAAAUUGAGACUUCGGUUGCAUCGGAUACGUUUGCAAGAUCAAACGAGUCAAAACUUGAUGGACCAGCUGAAGAAAUCUCUGAACGUGCCGAUGAUGACAAGGACCAGGAACAGCAACAACCUGAAGAAAGUCCAGUCCAGUCACAGGCUUCUGGUGUCGUCGAAGACGUGUCCGAAAAUUGUGUGACUUCAGAAAGAGCCGCAAGCUCAUUGUCUGCAAAGUCAGCUUUGUCCGCAAGCUCUAAAAAGUCAAAGACUUCGGCACUCUCUCCAUUAUAUAAAGCCAAUGAAAUGGAGUCAGAGAAUCAAGAUGAAUUUGCAGAGAGAUCAGCAAGCAAAGCAUCCGUCGAAACAACCAGGACAAACGUAUCUGAAUCAUUGAGAAGUGCAGGAGCGUGUGAGGUUCCUUCAGAAGAAAAUGCUGCAAAUGAAGAGGAAACGACACCGAGGCCGCUGAGCGCCGUCUCAGCUAAAUCGUCCGCAUCUGCCAAAUCAGCACAGUCAAUUUCUUCAGCAAAGUCAAAAUCCUCAAUUGCAGUGGGUGAAAACAAUGAUGACAGUAUUGACAGAGCACCCAGUAGCACCUUUGGCAAAUCAACCGAAUCCAGGAGGUCAAAUUCCUCAGCAGCUUCAACGAAAUCUAAAGCCGUUGGAGAUGUUUUUAACACAGAUGACACCGAGGGAAGGGCAAAGUCUGUUGUCUCAUUGUUGUCUGGGGCAUCCAAAACAUCUCAACGUCCUCAAACUGAAUGUGGUGAAGAAGAAUGUGAAGAAGAAAGGGCAAUGACGAACAAGUCAGAUACAUCUCUAAAGUCAACGACAUCAAAUGUUUCAGACAGGAGGGGGGAUGAAGGAAUUCGGGGGACGUCAGGUGCGUUGUCAGUCAAAUCAUAUCAAUCUUCCAGAAGCAGAACAUCUGGAAAAAUCUCCUGUGAACCCAGUGAAGGAACUGAUGAAAGAACCAAAAGUGCAAUGUCAAACGUGUCUGCAAAAUCCAAGAAGUCAGACGUUCCUGUUGUGGCAGUUGAGGAAUGUGAACAUAGAGCAUCCACAGCCAUGUCAUCAAAGUCCAAAUCGUCAGCAACAUCUGAGGUUCUGGGGAAAAAAAGCAAAGCGUCAGCCAAAUCGACACAAUCUGUAAAAUCCAAGAAAAUUGGCAUUUUAGUGGAUGAAGAUGAUGACAGCCAAACAAAACCCAUUUCUCAGAUUUGUGAGACUCUAGCCAAAAGAGAUGUGAGCUCUGAGCAGGUACCAAAUGGUCCUAAAGAUGCUGUGGCUGUUGGCAGGAGUGACCACAAAAGUGACAAGGAGACGAUGCAUGCUGAUGACGGAGCCCUUGUUCCGUCAAGCCUGCCGAAUGCUUCCUUAUCUGAAGUAGUCAAUGAAUGGCUUAAUAAAAUCCCGCCCGAUGAAGAAUUGUGUGAUAUGGAGGAGUUCAGCGGCAACGCGGUACACGAAACCAACGCUGACUCUGCGGCUGAGAAUAGAAUAAAAGGGCUAAAUGACGAGAGCGGCGUUUCUGACAAUGAAUGUCAGAAAACGGCAGAGAAAUCAAAGGCAGAUAAUUGCGGCGAUACUGAUUCAAAGAUAUUUCACUCUUCUGUGCAGGUGAUGAAAGUCCUUCUCAAUCCAAAGCUCGACAGAUGCAACAGUUUACCAGAAGUUUCUCCUGUAUAUGGGAACAAACUGAGCACUUCCGCCACAGGUCUCUUUGAUUGCCUUGCAAAGCUGCAGUUAAUAGACAGCGAUCCUAAAAACGCAGACAAAAAAUGUGAAAGAUACAAAGCGCUCAUAGAGAUUCUUCAGUCUUUGUGGCUUUGCGACCCCUUGGAAAAGAAACCUGUGUUAGAAGAAAAAGCCGACCGACAUUCUGACAAGGAUUUUAAUCCAGGAUCAUCGUCUGGUAUAGAUGUCAACAGUGGCUCCACGGGUUCUCAGAAGAGCAGCGAUGGUAGAAAUAAAAAACAAACUCUUGCAGAUACAAUCGGCAAAGCACACAAAGUCCACCAGGAUGAAGAAGCAGGGGGAGAAGAGGAAGAACACACGCAUGAGGAAAACCCAAAGGGAGAUCCGUCAUCCGAUGAGACGAUUCGAGGUCAUGACAGUCCAAGGGGACUGUGUGACAGCCCACCAUCCUCAAACAAGAGCUCAGGCACUGGUCAGAGGCUUGAAACAGAUGCCAUUUGUGGGAGUCCAGUCGAGUCCAGUAAAGAGCUAUCUCACGACCCUGAUCCCGUGUGGGUCCUUAGUUUACUAACCAAAAUAGAAAAGCAGUUCAUGACUCAUUACGUCAACGCAGUGAGUGAGUUCAAAGACCAGUGGAACAUAGAUGAUAACGAACAGCUUGACAGGAUGAUAAUCGAACUUCGGGAUGAGAUCCACAGGCGCAUCCAAAUAAGUAUACACAGAGAACUAUGUAAGAUUCAAGGCCGGGCAGGCCUGCCGAGACCUCCCAAAGAAGCAAAGUCCAGACCUUCGACCGCCCAGACAGACGGGAGAAGACGAAGGCUUAGGAUGAAAACCAAACACUCGGGAAAAAGUGACGAUUCAACGGCAAGCACCAUUUUUAGUGACCAGCGUGGUGAAAACGAGGAUGAAAACUGCCCAUGUGAAUCAUGCCUUCAGAAGAAAAUGUCACGGGGGCCCCAAAUUCCCGCAGAAAUAAUGAAUACUGCCCCUGUUCUCUUGGACUUUGACCUAAAGAGGAGUCUUCAGAUGAGGAAUGACGAGCCUAAAGAGGAUUUUAUGACCAACAGUGAAACAAAAGCAGCAGCAGCAACACUUGUUGGGCAGAUCCUUGACCACGCUAUUAAAGAAGCAGUGGAAGAUAAAGUAAAUGACAUGGAAAUUGUGUUUGAAGUUUCUGAAUGCGAACGUGAAACAGAUAAUAAAGUUGACGAAGCCAUGAUGGAAAAUGACUCAUCAAAAGAGGACGGUGAGUGUGCGGUCUCGAGUGAAGAUGCUGAUGCCAACGCAGCUGAGGAUGAAGAUGAAGCAAAGGAGCCCACUGUUUCAGAUAUGUCACAAGAUGAACCUGGAGGAGGUGGUGCUGUUGAUAUGGAAAAUGAAACUCCUGCCACCAGUGCAGAUGAGAGUGAUGAUGCGUCCACCGUGAAGGACUCAAAUGAGGGCGCAAACACCGAUGAUGAGGUAACGGCCGAAACUGCGAUGAUGGUCGAGGAAGCUGCAGAAGAUGCAGCUACAGCACAAGAGGCUGUACUGGCAGCCACAAGUCAACAGGAAUCUGAGGAAGAUGGAGGAGGAGGAGUCGAUGGGGAAGAGGAGCCUCCCGCCGCAAGUGGUGAUGAGAAUGAUGACCCCGCUACCACAAGUAAAUCAAAUGAUGACGAGUCACCUAACGAUGAAGAGCAGGAUGAAGAGGGUCCAGUCAUCGACACGCUUGAAGAUGAAGUCGUACCACAAGAGUCCACCAUCACAGCUUCAGCUGAUGAUAAAACCCAGGAAGACGAAGAAGGGGCAGGAGAUGGUGAAGAGAACGACCACGCAUCCCCGGUAAAAACCUCGAAUGAAGACGCAAAUGCAGAGGACGAGGUCUUUGCAGAUGAUGGUGAAGAUGAAGAUGCGGCUCUAGAGGUCGCCACAGGAGCUACAAGUGAACAUGUAUCUGAGGCUAAUGAAGAAGGGGCAGGAGAAGACGAAGAGGGGACUCCUGCCACUUGUGGAGACGAUGAUGCGGCAAACGAGAUGGCGAGUGAAGAGGUUCCUGAAACCACAGAAGAUGAAGAUGCGACACAACAGGCUGCUGUGAUGGCCACGAGUGAACAGGAAUCUGAUGAAGAUGAGGAAGGAGGAGUCGAUGGUCAAGCGCAGACGCCUGACACAAGUGGAGCUGAGAAUGAGGAAGCAGUUGCUGAGAAUCAGGAUGCUGCAGAAGCUGAGAUGAGGAGUGAGGAGGUUUCUGAAACCGCCAAGGAUGAAGAUGCAGCACAAAAGACGGCCACGGGCAAAGGUGAAUUCGAGCCAGGCGGAGAACGAGACGUCGUCAAUGGCGAAGAAGAGACUCCUGCCACAAGUGGAGCUGAGAAUGAGGAUGCAGCCGAUACGGAUCAGGACGCUGAAGAAGAUGUUGCUGAAACCACCACAGUUGAAGAUGCCGUGUCGGCAACAAGUGAACGGCAAUCAGAGGAAGAGGAAGAAGGAAACGUUGACAGUGAAGAAGAGACUCCUGGCAGAAGUGGAGCUGAGAAUAGGGAUGCAACGGCUGAGGAUCAGGAUGCUGCAAAUGAUGGUGGGAUGACUAGUAAAGAGGUGCCUGACGCAGAAGAGGCGGCCACGAGUGAACCUGAAUCCGAGGAGGACAAAGAACAGAAAGUCAGUGGUGAAGAAGAGACUCUUGCCACUAGUGGAGAUGAGAACAACAGAUAUGUGGAUGACGGUGUCGCUGCAAAAGAAGAAAAGAUGAGCGAUGAGGCUACUGCGACCGCAGCAGCCGAAGAUGACGAUGCCGCCGUGUCAGCCCAAAGCGAGCGGGAAUCCGAGGAAGAUGACAAAGUUGAUGGUGAAGAGGAGACUCCUGCCACCAGUGGAGAUGAAAAUGACGGCACUGCUUCGAAAGACGACGACGACGCAGCCACAGAGAAUGACCAAACAAACGCUGCGAGUGAAGUUGCUGCUGAAGAUGACAAUGCAGCACAAGAGGCCACCGUGACAGCCACGAGUGACGAUGAAUCAGUGAAUGAAACAGCCGAUGGUGAUCACGAUAUGUCCGUCACUAGCGGAGAUGACAUCGAAGAUGCCAAAGAUGAGACUGCCACAGAGAAAGACUUACCGGCCUCGAGCGAAGACGACAGCAAGGUUGAGACUGCUGAGGAAGAGGAAAGCUUACACAAACAGGACGGAGGAGGGGAGGAGGCGGGCCACGAAGACGAGAUUAUCGCACCGACGGACGAGGAAGCCGACGACGCGGAUGGGACGUCAACGUAUAAACAGGACUCUGAGAAAGCGGAGGAAGAGCAAGGGACACUCUCUGCGGAUGACAGCGGCGAUGACGAGGCUCUGGAGAAGUAUGCAGACGAAGCGGAAGAAGAUCCGGAUGCCUCUACAGGGGAAGACAAAAGUACGGCGGACAAUAACGCUGAAGGCGCUGAUGAGGAGCUUGUUGAAGCAGGGACAGAUAAGACUGCAGGAGUUCAACAUGCAAGAGAAAGUCACGAAGACAACGGGGAGGACUAUGAACAUUCAGUAGAAGAAGAUCCUGCCCUGACAAGUGAUGGCGGAGAAGAUCCAGAGAAAGACGAGGUUAGGGCCAUGAGCGACGAGGAUACAUCUAAAAAAGAUGACAUCACGGGAAACACAAGCAAACAGGAAGAAGAAUCUGAAAAUGAAGAGCCACAAGCAGAAUCUGAGGAACCUGAAGAAAAAGAUGACCAAGAAGCAACAGGUGGCGGCUCGACAGACACUGCUGUCGAAGGAUGUGAUGAAGAGGAGGAUGGAAGCAAUGAAGCACAAGUGGCUAAAAAUGAUCCAGGAGGAGCGCCACAGGAGGACGAAGCCAGAAAUGGCGAGGGUGACGUGAACGAGAAGUCUGAGGUGACGAAGGGCCGAGGUCCAGAUGAUGUGAGUGGGGCAGACAACGAAAGAGGAGACCAUGAUCAAGAUGAAGAUGAAAGAAAAGUUGACACAUUGGAAGCGUCUGACAAAGAGGAGGAAGAACCUGAGCUCAUCAACGCUGCAAGUCUGGAUCAUGCGACCGACCUGGGAGCUGAAAACAAGGAAAAGAGCAAAAUGGGGCACGAUGAUAAGGAAGAAGAAGAAGAAGAAGAAGAACCCAAGGUGACUGAAAAAGAAGGUCCAGCUAACGUGAUGGCGCUGGGGGCUGAAGACAAUGAAACAGUAGACGAUCAAGACGAGGAUGACAAGGAAACAUCCAAAACGGAGAACGGAGAACGCGAGCUGACCAAAAACCAAGGUCCAGAUGAGGCGGCCGAGUUGGGAAAUGAAAGGCAGGAAAACAAAGACGCGGAUGAAGAAGACCAACCGCAGGGAGACGACGAGCACGAUGACAAGGAAACACACGGAGAAACUUUUGAGGCGUCUGAAAAAGAGGAGCGAGGACCCGAGUCCGCCAACCAGGGCGAGUCGGCCGACGCCGAGGACGAGGCAGAGUCCCUUGACGGCGAGGACCAAGAGGCGCUAAGCGAAGCCUACGAUUUCAUUCCCGGCAAGGCGGCCAAUUGGGAAGCUGAUAAAAGUGUCGCCGAGGAACCGACGACAUUAAGGGGAAAAACCACUUUGAACAAAGUGAGUACCGAGUCUGAGGACGCCGUCUACGCGGACGGCGAAGAUUCAGAUGCAUAAACGUUACCGCCAAGCGGGAAGUGAAGCCGAGGAAGACGAGAUGCAGUUUUUGGGUGGUCCAGGGUGGUCCAAAUGCACGCCGACACACACUGGCACUACGCAUACCAUUGCAAUAAAUGAGCAGCGGAACCACGACCUCAACGAUGAGGCUGCUAUUAUGCAGAUGUUCAACUAAAUGGAAGUCUCAAACCCAAAACUCUGGUUAGGGUUUAUACAUUUGGUCCCCAUUUUGAGAUUAGAAUACAUGUAUAUUUUCUAGUUACUUCGAUACUUUUGAAUGGUUAACAUGAACAUCUCAAUUAGCUGACAAAGUAGACCAGAUGAACAUGAUGGUGACAUUCAGCAAAAAAGUGGAAGCUAUGACCUCACCUGGAUGUAACAAGCACUCUUUAUCUGUCAAAUAAAAUGCACUUUCAAUA